GGCGGGAGGACCAGGAGGAGGCUGUAGAUGUUUCCAUGUUCCCCAGGCCUGAGGGCUUGCACGCUGGGCGCGCGUUCGUGUACGGGCCCCUGUGCUCCUUGUUUUUCUCGCUGGUGCUCGUCCUGGUCGGCCUGGACGUGAAGACCUUUCAGUUCAGGUUCCUGGGGCUCUCCGCCCUCGCGCUCGGCCCCGAGGGCGCGGUGCGGCCCUUCUCGGUGGCGUCCCUGGCGUCGGAGGUGCCGGGCACCGGCCUCCACCCGCACUCGGCCGACCUGGUCUGGCUGCAGUUCGUGUUCUGCGUCUUCUCCAUGUGGAUGGUGAUCGCCUACCACAUCACGCUCAUGGUCCUGUGGGCCGCGCCGCUCACCAACCGGUUGCAGCGGCACGGCCUCGUCUGCGCCCAGGUAAUGAAUGCGUGGAGUGCGCUGGACGUCUUCAUGGUGAGCAUCAUGGCGGGGGUCCUCGAGAUCCGCCAGUUCGCGCUGUUCAUCAUCGGCGACAAGUGCGACGGGCUGGACGCGCUUGUGGAGAAGAUACCCCCCAUCGCAUCGCGCGUGCCAGGCCGGGUCACUUGCUUCGACGUCGAGUCCGAGUUGAAGGCGGGUUUCUUCGUGCUGCUUGUGGCCGUCAUAGUCUCCACCGUCGUUGGCAACAUUGUGAUGCACAGGUGCUCCGAGGCCCUGGGCGUGGAGAAAGGCCAUGCCACGACGGGCGCUACUGGUCUCGGCGAGGACGAUGCCGGCGCCCUGUCCCGGGCCGCUCUUCCAGUGGUGUCUGCGGCGUGACCCCGCCGUCCAGGCGCGAGCCGUCAGCGUGCCUGGGGCGCGUUUUUUUGUUUUUCCCCCGUGCCGUCCGACGGUCUCCAGAGGUCGAAGAUCGGGGUCAUACUCCCUCUGACGUUCUUAGUUACGGAUGAGGGUGUGUGCUGUUCCUUCGCGCAGCGGGGCUCCUUCACCGCCCAGGACUGCUCACGCCUCCCCGCCUACUCUGGGUAUCGCAGGGGUCUGCACGUGGUCGGCCUGUGCCCGCCCUUUACACGCGAGCACCUCCUUUUGGGGUUGCUCGCGCGGCGCUCUGUCGAACGGACGCCAACCGGCUCUCCCCACCCGGCCAGAAGAGCUCGCGGGAGGAGGCGCAGCCCCCACGAGAAGAGGCGCCCGCUGGCCGGGCGGAGCUCCGUGGCGCGCCCCGUCCCCUCCUGCGCGCAGCCUGGAGGGCAAGAAAUCUCGUGAUGAGGGUCACAGAUGUCCGGCUGCCUGCGGCAGGCCUCGCCGCCGUGCCCCAGCGCAGCUUCGGGGUGCUGAACAGGCCGCGCACGCACGGGCCCGGUGCGAG